AUGCUUAGCGAACUAUUUGUGGAGGUUCACGGCAUACCAUUGAAACAUGUAACUUUGCUGCAACAAAUAGCUCGAUUGGACUACGCCCUAUUUUCUUACGAAGUGAAUGGAGCGUGCAUAAAAUGUUGUGAAUACUCAUUUAUACACUAUAGCUGUAUGUCUCAAUACGGAGUUACUGAACUUUACCUUUACCUGAAAUUUGUGAAUCCAUCGACGAGCUAG